AUGACUGUCAAGUCGCUCCGCAUCCGUAUCUCCAUUGAUCGUGGAGGUACAUUCACAGAUGUGCACGCUUCCAUACCUGGCAGGGAGGACAUCAUCUUGAAGCUGCUCUCAGUAGAUCCCGCAAAUUAUCAAGAUGCGCCAACCGAAGGCAUUCGGCGUAUUCUCGAGCUGGCCACUGGUCGGCCGCAUCCCAGGGGCGAGCUCCUGGACCUCUUUCACAUUGAGUCAAUCCGAAUGGGAACGACCGUCGCAACAAAUGCGCUUUUAGAAAGGAAAGGAGCGCGUUCGGCGCUUCUGAUCACAAAGGGUUUCAAGGAUCUCCUUCUAAUCGGCAACCAGUCAAGGCCGAAUAUUUUCGACCUGUCUGUGGCUAGGCCCGAGGUGCUGUACGAGCAGGUGGUCGAAGUUGAGGAGCGCAUUACGAUGGAGGACUACACCGAAGAUCCUGUUUCUGUCAAAACUGUCGCCAAUGGCGAAGACGCGGAGCUAGUGACCGCUGUGACCGGAGAAACCAUUCGCAUUCUCCAAAGACCAGAUCUCGUUGCCAUUCGGCAGUCACUGCAGAACCUCUGGGAUCAGGGCUUCCGCUCGAUCGCCAUUGUGUUCGUCCAUUCGUAUGCAUAUCCCGAUCAUGAGAACCUUGUCGGCAGCAUGGCAGUUGAAAUGGGAUUCUCAGUCACUCUGUCCUCGGCUGUCCAGCCCAUGAUCAACGUCGUCCCUCGUGGCAUGUCUGCGAUGGCCGAUGCUUAUUUAACACCCGUCAUCAAGCAGUAUAUUCAGUCCAUCGAGGCCAACUUCAGAGGUGGCUUCUCAUCCCCGAACACGAGGAUCGAGUUCAUGCAGUCAGACGGUGGACUUGUCGAUUACCGAAAGUUCAGUGGAUUGAAGGCGAUUCUAUCAGGUCCCGCCGGUGGUGUGGUAGGAUAUGCGCAGACUUCUUGGGACGAACAGGAACGACGACCAAUCAUCGGCUUCGAUAUGGGCGGUACUUCGACUGAUGUCUCGAGAUAUGCAGGAGUGUACGACCACGUAUUCGAGACCACCACUGCAGGGAUUGCCAUCCAGUCCCCUCAACUAGAUAUUCAUACUGUGGCUGCUGGAGGUGGCUCGAUUUUGACGUGGAAGAACGGUCUGUUCAAUGUUGGCCCCGAGUCAGCUUCAGCACAUCCUGGGCCAGCCUGUUACAGGAAAGGUGGUCCACUUACAGUGACAGACGCCAAUCUUUUUCUAGGAAGACUUCUACCUGAGUACUUCCCAAAGGUAUUCGGACCCAAGGAGAAUGAGCCGCUAAACCGCGAGAUCACUGCAUCCAAGUUUGUCACCCUUACGGAGGAGAUCAACGAUGAGAGGCGGCGCGCUGGUAUGACUCCUUUUACGGCCGAAGAGGUGGCGAUGGGCUUCCUCGAGGUCGCCAACGAGGGCAUGGCUAGGCCGAUCCGGGCGCUCACCGAGGCGCGUGGAUAUGAGACCUCAACACACCACCUGGCAUGCUUCGGUGGUGCUGGAGGACAGCACGCUUGCUCAGUAGCUGCUGUCCUCGGUAUCUCUCGUGUCAUCAUCCACAAGUAUUCCUCCAUUUUAUCUGCAUAUGGCAUGUCAUUGGCGGAUGUCGUCCAUGAGAUCCAAAAGCCAGCUGCCAUGACCUAUGGUAGCGAGACGCAGCCUGCCAUCCAGCAGCAGCUGACACAGCUCGCUGCUCAGGCAGCUCUCGAGCUCGUACAACAAGGCUUUGGCCAGGAGCAGAUAUCAUAUGACUGUUACCUCAACAUGAGGUAUUCUGGAUCCAGCAGUUCCCUCAUGAUUCUGAAAGGCGCCGAUUGGGACUUUCAGACAGAGUUUGAGGCUGCGCACAAGCGAGAGUUCGGCUUCCACUUCCCUGAGAAGGCUAUCAUCGUUGACGAUAUCCGUGUGCGUGCCAUCGGUUCAGCACAUUCGAGGGUGGAGAAGAGCCCAUUCGCACAGCUCCAAGCCGUGAAGAGUCUCACUGUCGGCGAGUUCGCAGCCAAUGGGGCCAGUAAGGUGUUCUUCGCCGAGGGAGGAUGGCGAGAUACUCCGACCUUUGAACUGCAGAGUAUCCCCGUCGGAGCGAAGAUUGAGGGACCAGCCCUGAUCAUCGACAAGACACAGACUAUCGUGGUUACUCCUGCCUCGCUCGCGACCGUCUUAGACAGCUAUGUUGUAAUCGACCGGCAAUCUGCUCCAUCAACAUCUAACGCCGACGAGGGUUUCAGUCCCAUCCAGUUGUCCAUAUUCGGCCAUCGCUUCAUGUCGAUUGCUGAGCAAAUGGGCCGUACGCUCCAAAAGACCGCAGUGUCUACUAAUAUCAAGGAGCGUCUCGACUUCUCUUGUGCCAUCUUUAGCCCCGAUGGCGGACUUGUCGCCAACGCACCUCAUGUGCCGGUUCAUCUGGGCUCCAUGCAAUUCGCCGUCCGUUACCAGCACAAGCUGUGGGAAGGCAAACUAAAGGAUGGGGAUGUCCUGGUGUCGAACCACCCUUCGUGCGGUGGAACCCAUCUCCCGGAUAUCACCGUCAUUACACCAGUGUUCGACGGCCAAGAGCUUGCCUUCUAUGUCGCUUCGAGAGGUCAUCACGCCGAUAUUGGUGGUAUUCUACCCGGUUCGGUUCCGCCUAACUCCACUGCCCUCUGGCAGGAGGGUGCGUCGAUCGAGUCUACCAAGCUAGUUAGUGAAGGUGUCUUCAACGAGGAGGAGAUCACUCGCCUUCUGCUCGUCGAACCCGCAAAGCAUCCCGGCUGCUCUGGUACGCGCAAGCUGUAUGAUAACAUAUCAGACUUGAAAGCCCAGAUUGCUGCCAACAUGAAGGGCAUCUCGCUCAUCAGAGCGCUCAUUGCCGAGUUCGGCCUAUCCACCGUCCACAGAUACAUGUACGCCAUCCAGACGACAGCCGAGAUUGCCGUGCGUGAGUUGAUGAAGGCCACGCUGGCCAAGUACAAGGGCCGGCCCCUUGAGGCGGUCGAUUACAUGGAUGACGGUACCCCUAUCAAGCUCAAGAUCAGCAUCAACGAGGACGGCUCAGCGACAUUUGACUUCACCGGCACUGGGCCACAGGUGCUGGGAAACACGAACGCGCCGAUUGCGAUCACUCACUCUGCCAUCAUCUACUGCCUACGCUGUCUUGUUAACUCUGCUAUUCCUUUAAAUCAGGGCUGCCUCAACCCUAUCGACAUCGUUGUACCAGAGUCGAGCAUCCUAUCACCUGCCAAGGGCUUGGCUGUUGUCGGUGGAAACGUAUUAACUUCUCAGCGUGUGACGGAUGUCGUUCUUAAGGCGUUCAACGCGUGUGCUGCCAGCCAAGGAUGCUGCAACAACCUCACAUUUGGUACCGGCGGCAAAGAUCCGGUUACCGGUGAGCACAAGGACGGUUUCGGCUAUUAUGAGACGAUCGCCGGCGGCUCAGGUGCUGGACCAACGUGGAAGGGUCAGAGCGGAGUCCAUACACACAUGACCAACACUCGGAUCACCGAUCCCGAGGUCUUUGAGAAGCGCUAUCCCUGUAUACUGAGACGGUUCGAGCUUCGAGCUGGCUCUGGGGGAUCUGGCCUGUUCCACGGCGGCGACGGGACGGUUCGUGAAAUCGAAUUUCGAGUUCCAGUACAGUGCUCGAUCCUCAGUGAGAGGAGAUGCAGGAGUCCAUACGGCUUGGAGGGCGGCGGUGAUGGUCAGCCAGGUGUCAACCUGAUAGUGAGAAAAGAUGAACAGGGACAAGAGAGCAUAGUAAACCUGGGUGGCAAGGCAACAACGGCAUUAAAUGCGAGCGAGAGAGUCAUCAUUAUGUCACCAGGAGCCGGUGGCUGGGGCAAAGAGGAGAAGGUGAAUGGGUUUCAUUGA